AUGCUUCGUGGUGUUAAACAAGUUUCCAAGGCUCGUCGUUCAUUGGCAACACUUGCCGAUGGGGCAGCCAAUCCAAACAGAGUACACGGGGGAUUGAAGGAUCAAGACAGAAUUUUCCAAAACGUUUACGGUAACUAUGGACAUGACCUUAAAUCAGCACAGAAGAUGGGUGAUUGGUUCAAGACUAAGGAAAUCAUGUUGAAGGGAGAUAAGUGGAUUAUCGACGAAAUGAAGAAAUCUGGUUUAAGAGGUAGAGGUGGUGCUGGUUUCCCAUCUGGUCUCAAGUGGUCGUUCAUGAAUCCACCAGGAUGGGAAAAGAACCCGGGUCCUAGAUAUCUUGUUGUCAAUGCCGAUGAAGGUGAACCAGGUACCUGUAAGGAUAGAGAAAUCAUUAGAAAGGACCCUCAUAAGUUAGUUGAAGGAUGUUUGUUGGCGGGCCGUGGUAUGAAUGCCACUGCUGCUUACAUAUAUAUUAGAGGUGAAUUCUACAACGAAACUGUAAUUUUACAAAAUGCCAUCAAUGAAGCGUACAAGGCAGGAUUCUUGGGUAAGAAUGCCUGUGGUACUGGCUAUGAUUUCGACAUUUUCAUCCAUAGAGGUAUGGGUGCAUACAUUUGUGGUGAAGAAACCGCAUUAAUCGAAUCUAUCGAAGGUAAGGCUGGAAAGCCAAGAUUGAAGCCACCUUUCCCAGCUGGUGUUGGUUUAUUCGGUAGACCAACUACUGUAGCCAACGUCGAGACUGUUGCUGUCGCACCAACCAUCUUAAGAAGAGGUGGUGACUGGUUUGCUGGUUUCGGUAGAAAGGGUAAUGCAGGUACCAAGUUAUUCUGUAUUUCAGGUCAUGUUAAUGAACCUUGUACCGUUGAAGAAGAAAUGUCCAUUCCAUUGAAGGAAUUAUUGGAAAAGCAUUGUGGAGGUGUAAAAGGUGGAUGGGAUAACUUAUUGGGGGUUAUUCCUGGGGGAUGUUCUGUUCCAAUUAUGCCAAAGCCAGUCUGUGAUAACAUAUUGAUGGACUACGACGCUCUUAGAGACACCGGAUCCGGUUUAGGUACUGCUGCAGUUAUUGUGUUGAACAAGCAAACAGAUGUCAUUCGUGCCAUUCAAAGAUUCUCAGCCUUUUACAAGCAUGAAUCAUGUGGUCAAUGUACCCCAUGUAGAGAAGGUACCACUUGGUUGCAAAGAAUGAUGGAUAGAUUUGUCACGGGACAAGCCAAAGAAGAAGAAAUUGACAUGAUUUUCGAAUUAACCAAAGAAGUUGAAGGUCACACCAUUUGUGCCUUAGGAGAUGCAGCAGCAUGGCCUAUUCAAGGUUUAAUCAAAUCAUUCAAGCCAACCAUGCUUGAAAGAAUCCAACAAUUCCAAGAGAAGGAAAAGCUUGGAUACGGUGGUUGGGUUGAAGGCGGUAAAGUUCGUAAUGGUGAAGUGGUUGACAACCCAGUGCCACAUUCCCACUAA